CGAACUGUUACGAGUGAUGGAAGAGUCAAUACGGUGCCUGCCAACAACAAUCCAACGCAAGCAACAAACACAGCAACAACAUUAGCAGAAAUAGCAAAACAAAUGUUAAGCCAAACUAUUUUUGUAAAAGUUGUUAGCUUUUGAUACCACAACAGCAACAAUAAUAAUUGAUGCAAUAGUAAUAAGAAUAACAAUAAGAACAGUAUAAAAAUAACAUAAAACAAGCGGAGGGCAACAACGGUUUGUUUGCGCGUCGUCCCUUUUGUGUCUGAGUGCGUAUGUGUUUGUGCUCCUUCCAUUUUCGGCAAACGCAACAAAUUUUUCGCAAAGGCAGUCGAUACGAGGACAGCAACAAGAACAACAACAACAAUAACAGCAAAGCAAAGCAAACGCGCGCGCAACAAUCAAACGCCCACGCACACGUCCGUCUCGUGCCAACCCACCCCCCUCGCCAUAACUCCGCACUGAAAGCAGGACGAAGUCGUGACAGCGACAUGCGAAACGCGUAACAAAACAAACAACACAAAGACGCAACUGCCCUUCCAUGUGAGAAUUGACGCAGAAGAAGGCGCAGAAGAAGUAGAAGCGUGUGACAAAGAGGAAGCCCGAAAAAACGACCAAUUUGCUAACUAAAAGUCUUAAAACUAAACUGCUGCAAACCGAAUGACUGAUUUUUCUGAACAUAUAAAAUAUACCUCCUAACUAACUUUAUACCUAUCAAUACCAUAAACAAAAACCAGCCUAAGCGUACAUAUAUGCGGGAAUAUCAAAUCAUUUACUAUAUUUAGUAUUGGGCUUGGCAUUAAAGUAGCUAGCUUUCAAAUCCAUUGACAAAGAAGCAACUAAAAAGUAACAAGAAGUGACCGCAAACCAGGCUUGCAGGGAUUUCAUUAGCUGUUCGAAGCGGGCGCGGAGAGUGAGGAAUGCAGCGUUGUCCCUAUCUACAUGAGAUGCGCGAACGUCUAUUGGAUCAGCCAAGGGAAACACUGCAGCUGGAGAGUAUGGAGCGUGCCAAUUUGCUGGACAAUCGCCAGUCGGCAACCGAGUCGAAUCAGGUCGGCACCGUGGUCAAGAUACAGGGCGAUGGAUAUCACACGAGUCCCGCUCACCAGAGGACGCCGCUAGUGCCGCAUGAUCUGGGCGAGGAUUUCAACUUGGAUUUCGAUGAUGACUUUCCGAUCGAUGCACGACGACCAAAAAAUGCCAACGGUAAUCAUCCCCAGGUUCUGACGAAACCACAGAAAAGGGUUUGCUACACGUUCAAGCCAAAUCCAAAUAAGCACAGUUUUAUGCCAGCGAAAAUAACGGUCCAGGGCACAUAUCAAACAAAUCCGAUAACGGGACCAAUCGAACUAUGGACAUCGCUCUUCAUUGUAACCAGCCUGGUUUAUGCGAUUCUCUUGAUUGUAGUAUGCAUUGCAUAUGUAAUCAGCGAUGUGACCACACACCGACUGCCGGUGCUCUACUAUGAGACGUUCUUCACAUACCUAUACGGCACCAGCAUACUCUUCCUGUUGUAUGUCUUUUGUUUUUUGCUGCAGGAGAGCUCUUGCUGUAAUGGCGGCAAUGGCGGCAGCAAACCGAAACCACAGAUCAAAGAGAAGAAAUCGAAGAAAACAAAGAAUGCAGAUCCUGCCGAUUCGAAGGAUGCGAAAGGCUCUAAGGACUCUGGAAAAGCUGUCAAAGGCGCCGCAUAUCAGGAAGCACCCGUGGAUGCCGAGGUGGCCGUCACCCCGAAGAACGUGCGCAAGCGAAAGACCACGCACAGCGAUCCCACGCAUGGAAGUUUCUUUCUGCGCGUUGGUGCCAUCGCAUUUGGACUUGGUGCAAUGAUCUAUAUUGGCCUGGAAUUCGGUUCGUUCUUUGAGAUACCAUUCGAUUCGCCCUGCCAUCAUAUUUUGAUUGGCGUUAAUCCGUUGCUGCAGAUGAUCUUCACCUUCAUGCAGAUGUACUUUAUAUUCAUGAAUGCACGGCUCAACAUACAUCGCUUCAAGGUGAUUGCCCGGUUCGGCCUGAUGCAUGUGGUGGCCACCAAUAUCUGUGUGUGGAUACGCACCCUGGUUAAGGAGUCGCUGCUGGAGAUCACGAUCUAUCACCAGAAGCGCGAAGCCGACCCCGAUGCCUCGUCCAUUGCCCAUUCGAUCAGGCAGCACGCGCUGCGUCAUGCCGGUACCGUGCUAAGAACCCAUUCUGGUCCCAACAGCGAGUUCGAGGUGCUGGACGGUGAGGAUGUGCUGCCGAAGAACGUGUACAAGAGCGACAAUGUGCUGUCCAAGCUGGUGCGCAACACCGUCGAUGGCAUCUCGAAGAGCCUGGGCAUGGGUGGCGGCAUUAGCAGCACCACCAGCAGCACCACCACCACGACCAGCACGACAAGGGCGCCAUAUACAACGCCUGGCUAUCAAUGGCACAGCACUACUAUGGCUCGCAAGCUGAAGAAGUUUAUCACAAGCACCACCGCUGCCACCAGCACUGUGGGUGGCAGCAGCAGCAGCACAACCAGCACCACCACCAGCACCACAUCAACCACUAGCAUUCCAUUUGGCAGCGCUGCAACGGCCGCCGACGUCAUUAGCACGACCAGUGAAACGCCCUUCAAUAGCCUGGAGCGCAUCCUCUCAAGCGCUGCUCCGAGCCUGACGCCUGUCGAUGUGGCCGGGUCAACGUUGCCCGCUGCUGCCGAGGGCACCGCAACCUCCGGCGUCUCCGCAUUCUUUAACAAUCUGGUUACGUCCACGCCCAGCACAAGCGUCAGCCCCAGCAGCACCGAGAGUGCCGUGAAUAUUAUGAACAAUCUGUUUGGCCCCGGCAUGGAGACUAGCUUCCAAACGUAUUCGGAUAUAUCGCAUGAUGAGCCGAACGGCCUGAUCGCCUUCGAGAAUCUGGAGAGCCUGGACAACAUUUAUCCGGCGGCGUUGUCUUCCAACAUUGGCACACUCAACUCCACCGCCUGUGGACGCAUUGACAUAAUGGGCACUAUCGUCUAUGACUCGGCGCCGUAUCUGUAUCCGUUUAUCAUUGAGUAUUCACUGAUUGGCGCUGUGGUUUUGUAUGUCAUGUGGAAGCACAUCGGUCGCUAUCCGGGCAGGCUGAACGACGAGGAUCUGGAGCAUAGGCUCGAGGUGAUGUUGUCCCGUCGAGCCGUUGCCAUGGCGCAGCAGGCACGUUCCGGUCGCGUCGACUGCGUUGGCUCGUCAAAGGGUCUGUUCUUUGGUCUGUUGCUGUUGGUUGGCGCGCUGAUUUGCUUGAUACUCUUCUUCGUCUUGGUGCGUCAUCAGCAGUUCUCGCUGUUGGCCAUUUACCUGGCCGAUGCCAGCCACUGCAUUCUAAUGGCUUUUGCCAUACUCGCUAUAAUUAUCGGUUUUAUCAGGGUCAAGAACUUGAAAUUCCGCUGCGAGGAGCAAUCGAAUCUAAAUGACAUUUUGCUGCGCAUCUCUGCCUUUGGCCUGUUCACCUAUUCCGUGUUCAGCAUCAUUGCCGGCAGCAUCAAGGUGCUGGAGAGCGAGCCCAGCCUCCUGGUAACGACCACGGGCGGCGUUGCCGUCUUCCAGGUCAUUUUGCAGCUGCUCUUCAUAGCCGAUGUAUCGCGCCGUCGCGUCCACUUGCCGGAGCAUGAUCGCAGCAAGCCCGGCCGCCAGAUUGUCACCUUCCUACUCAUCUGUAAUGUGGCCAUGUUCGCCAUCUACACAUUCGAAGCUCAAAAAGUAUUCGCCAAUCCUGUAAGUAGAUAUGUGCAACUGGAGUUCUAUGGCUUUGUGCCCUGGUCCAUCAUACAGCGCAUAACACUGCCCCUGUGCAUUUUCCACCGUUUCCACAGCGCUGUCACACUUGCCGAGAUCUGGAAGACCACCUACAAGGCGCGUUUGGAAUAAGCUGUUGCAACAAUGCAAAACGAACGAGGUUAUAAAAUGCACCAAAACAUAAACAAAAAGUAAUAAAAAAAAGCGAAAUGAAAGUAAAUGAAAAACAGCAACAAAAAAUUAUAGCGAACCGAAACGCAAAGAAAGUAAAUUUAAUGUUAGUUUCUUAUUGCAUAUAAAAUAUACAUAUAUAUAUAUAUAUAUAUAUAUAUAUAUACAUAUAUAUAUAUAAAUGUAUGUUUUUAGUUACGCGUACGUAAAGGUUAACUAAGUUCAAAAACCAAAUACCAAAACAGAACAAAGCUAACCCAUAAAAUAUAUUUGAAUAUAUAUGAAAAAGAAAAACAUUUAGAAAGUGCAACAAAAAUGCGAGUUGCAUCAACGUGAGCUAAAGCCCAAAGCAAGAAAUUGGACCAAUGUGCGUGGUUAACGAAAGCAUAAACCAAACUUUAGAGCGUACAUUGAAAUGUUUAAACGUUUAAUGCUAAAUACCAAAAGUUUAAGCAACUAGCAACUAUCACAUGAAGAACGAAAACAGAGAAAAAAAUUCUUUGGAUAAAAUUUAACAAAAUUGUUGACAAAUUGAGCAAAUGUCAGAGAACGCUUUGCGAAUCGCUUGUUGUCUUAUAUUUUUUUUUUAUAUAUAAUAUAUAUACAUAUUUAUAUUUAGAAUUUUGAUUUGUGACAUGUGAGCUGCAAUCGCCAACAUGGAAAACUUAAGAACUAAGUCAUAGCGUUUACAUUUCAAAUGCAUUUCUGAAAGCAAAUGCAAACCAGUUAAAACAUUUUUCUCCUCGCUUUUUUUUUUCAUUUUAAAGAAUAGUCAGAAAACUAAAAGUAUUUUAUAAAAUUCAGCACAUGGUAUGUUAAUUAUUAAUUUAAUUGUUUCUCUAUAUGCAUACAGACACAUAUUAUUAUUAUUUCUGUCUAAUUUGUGCAUUAUUAUUAUUAUUAUUAUUAUUGCUUAACUCGCUGCAAUGUGUUUGUAACCAAAAGUUUUACUUUACAUAUUUAUAUUUAAAUGUUUUUGUUUUUAUUUCCGCUGCAAAUCAAUUAAAAAUCAUGUAAAAAUUAAGCAAAAAAAAAUUAAUUAAACUUAUAAACAAAAGGGUUGUUUACUUUUCGCGUUGCAGUCGAGUACACGAGUGCUCAAAAAAACAAAGUACUUUAACACAGCUCGACAAUUAAUUCAAAAGCCGCCGCGCCGUAAAGUAUGCAGCGCUUUUUAGACAGCAUUAAAGAUCACAUACACGAACUGAGCAGGUAUGUACCUAUAUAUUUAUAGAUAUAUGGGUCAUAAUAUCUGUAGACAUUUUGAAUGCCAUGAAAUGUGUUGUUGUAAGACGCGAGUACUUAAGAAUGCAUAAAUCAUAAAACACAUUUUGUGCAGGUUUUCGAUUUCCCUUCCCCAAAACAACAGCCGAAGACAAACACUAACAACAACAACAAACUGUGAUGAAUUAUAUUGUUUAUUGACUUUGGAUACCAAUUAAUUUAUCAGUUGCAUUGCAUAAUUUAAUAUAUUUUAACACAGAAAUUCACAAAAGUCAGAAAAUGCGUUCAACCAAACUUCGUGGCCAAUUGUAAACCACCACAAAGGCUAACAGAUCAACAAGAAAAUUAUGUUGUGGCAGCAAAGAGCCAAACAAAAUAGAAAAACAUUUUUAAUAUUUAUAUAUAUACAUACAUUCAUACAUAUAUAUAUAUAUAUAUAUAUAGAUAUAUAUAUAUAUAUAUAUUUAAAUAAAGUUUAUAAAUGUCCAUUUUUUGAUUAUUAGUAGUGAUGUUAAAUGCGAAACAAAAACUUAAUAGUAAUUAUAAUAAUUUAAUUUGUAUGUAAUAGCUCACAAAAUAAGCAAAACAAACAAUGAGAUUGUCGCAUGUGGUUCGCCGGAAAACUUCUUGAAUCCCCGAACAAUGAAACGCAUUUAGGAAAUGACAGAAAAACACGAAGAUAAAGAUAAACGUUUACAAUUACAAGCUAAGAACCAUUUUUAAAGAUGUGCAACGUAUAUCUUUAAAUAUAUGUAUACUAACCCACCAAAUUCAAAGUAUUUCAAAGUUUUAUAUGGAAAUAAACGCGUUUAGAGGGCGGCAAACACGAUGCAUCUCGCCGCCCCGUCCCUCAAAAUAUAACAACAACUAUAACUACUUAUAACACCAAAAAAAUUUAAAAUAUGGCUCAAAAUUGGCAACAAAAUACGGGAUUACCAGUUGCCAAAGACCAAAAGAAAAUAAAAAAAUACCCAAAGAUAAAAUAAAAAAGGAUACUUCCUACUCGAAAGGAAGAUAUCAAAUUUUGAGCUCAUACGUUGCAAGUACAUAGCGAGUACAUAAUAUAGCUAGUGUGUGCAUGUUUUUUGUUGGCAAUUUAUAUACACUGCCGUCUCUUGUACUGUACCAAUAUAUAUAUAUAUAUACAUCUCUAUAUAUAUAUAAAUUUCACGCAUAGCUAUAUAUACGUGGACAAGUAUUAUGCAUGUGGCGUUGCGCGAUACGUGAUCAAAGCAAUCCAAGUUCAGAUACAAAUCAGAAAUCCAAUCCUUGAUACCCAAACGGAAUACGACGUAUAUUUACGCACUUUCGUACUCGUCAAUAGAGUUAUAUAAUACGUAUUAUACACGAAAAAGAAAAAAAACCACUAAAAUCUCAAAAUAAAAUCAAAUAUAACGUGUAGUCAAGUCGUAAGUAGUUCAGUCGACUCUCUUUCAUCUACGAGUGCGCAGUUAUUUAUGGAUUAUACUUAAGCAUUUCAAUGGCGAAUCAAAUUCAGUUAAACAUGUACUUGUGUAGCUUUUAGUAUAAAUAUUCAAUAAAUAUACAUACAUAUAAUUGAUAAGCAGUGAAUGAAGAAGACAGACAUUGAGAUCGCGAGCGAGAUCGAGAAGCAAAUCGAAAGGAAUGGAAAAGGAAAUCAUGAAUACAAAUAUAUAUAUAUGCGUAUAUCUAAUUGUUUUUUCUUAAAAUAUUUAGUUUAACAUAAGAUCAUAUUUUAUGUAUUUUUAAUAACUACAACAUAAAUUAUUGAAUGUUUCAACUAAGUUGUAUAUUUAUAAGUGACAUUAACAAAGAACGCGUCUAGACAUAAUGGAAUUAUGUAUCUGUAUUUAAAAAAAACCAAAA